CAACAAGGUGACUGAAGCUGUGGACCUCAGUAAGCACAUGGUGGAGGACAGUGUUGGCAGGACCAAGUCUGCAGUGGCCUCCACCAUUGUCAAUGCGGUGGAGGCUGCCCAAGGUGCCAAGGACCUGGUGACCAACAAGGUGACUGAAGCUGUGGACCUCAGUAAGCACAUGGUGGAGGACAGUGUUGGCAGGACCAAGUCUGCAGUGGCCUCCACCAUUGUCAAUGCGGUGGAGGCUGCCCAAGGUGCCAAGGAGCUCAUGACCAACAAGGUGAGUGAAGCUGUGGACCUCAGUAAGCACAUGGUGGAGGACAGCGUUGAGCUGACCAAGUCUGCAGUGGCCUCCACUAUCACUGCUGCUGUAGGAGCUGCCCAGGGUGCAAAGGAUCUUGUGACCAACAAAGUGACUGAAGCAAUGGACCUGACCAAAGAAGCUGUACAGGAGAGCGUUGAGAAGACCAAGUCAGUGGUCACCUCCACAGUCAGCACAGCUCUGGAUGCUGCUUAUGGCACCAUAACCAGCAAGAUUAACACAGCCCUGGAGCAGGGCAAAGGAGCUCUCCAGGAGGGCGUGGAGAUGACUAACUCGGUGGUGGCCAACAGCAUAAACAAAGCCAAGGCAGUGAGCCAAGCAGUGGCAGGUGGUGUGGAAACUGUCCUGGGCAUGUCUGAGGAUCUGGUGGAGCAAUACCUCCCGAUGACAGAGGAGGAGCUAGGUCAGCUGGCCACCAGCGUCGAGGGCUUCGGGGUGGCUUCUGUGGAGCAGCAGAAGCAGCAGCGGAGCUACUUGGUGCGCCUGGGCUCGCUGUCCAGCAGGGUCCGGCAGCGAGCCUACCAGCUCUCCCUGGCCAAGCUGCAGCACCUCAGGCAGAGCACCCAGGCCAGCCUCUCACGGCUGCAGCUGGCAAUAAAACUGAUUGAAUCUGUGAAACAAGAGGUUGGCCAGAAGCUUCUGGAUGGGCAGGAGAAGCUCCAUAAGCUGUGGGUGGACUGGAGCCUGACCCAACCCAAAGGAAACCAAGUUAAAACUGCUUCCUACUUAGAGCAGGUAGAGCCACGGACUCUAGCUAUGCUGAGAAUCACCACCCAGCAGCUACAACCUAUCUAUGAGAACCUGAAAACCAGCAUCCAUGGCCUGCCCAGCAGCAUCCAAGAAGCUGUGCACCAGGCCACUCGAAGUAUCCACAAGCUCCACAGGUCUUUUUCCAAUGCUGUGUCUUUCCAGGACCUCUCCAGCACCACCCUGAGCCGAAGCCAGGACUGUGUGGCAGAAGCCCGAAGGUCCCUAGAUGACCUCUUGGAGUAUGUCACUCAGAACACUCCACUGAACUGGAUUGUGGGGCCCUUCAGGGCAAAAGCUGAAGUGGCACAGGAGUGCAGAAAGGAGCAGAAGAAAGAUGGGAUGAGUGAUACAAAAUCACCCACGUUAGAACAGGAGGUGACUAAGACACCCAAAGAACCAAAGAAAGCAGAGAAGAUCCUGAGGGAUGCAUGUGAACUCCUACAGAAGCUGGCACAGGAUGCAGAGAAGGCAAAGAAGGACAAGGAAAAGGACAUGGAGAUGGACACAGAGGACACAGAAAAGAGCACGAAGGUGGCAGAGAAGAACACAGAGAAGGCAGAAAAGAGCAUGAAGGUGGCAGAGAAGAACACGGAGGAGGCACAGAAGGGAGCAGAAAAAGGCACAAAGGUGGCAGAGAAGGGCACAGAGAAGGCAGAAAAGAGCAUAAAGGUGGCAGAGAAGGGAGCAGAAAAAGGCACAAAGGUGGCAGAGAAGAGCGCAGAGAAGGCAGAAAAGAGCAUGAAGGUGGCAGAGAAGAACACAGAGGAGGCAGAGAAGGGAGCAGAAAAAGGCACAAAGGUGGCAGAGAAGGGCACAGAGAAGGCAGAAAAGAGCAUGAAGGUGGCAGAGAAGAACACGGAGGAGGCAGAGAAGGGAGCAGAAAAAGGCACAAAGGUGGCAGAGAAGAGCGCAGAGAAGGCACAGAAGAGCACAAAGAAGGCAGAGAAGGGUGCAGAAAAGGGCACAAAGAAGGCAGAGAAGGGCACAGAAGUGGACACAGAGAAGGCAGAGACAGACACAGAGGUGGCACUGGCUACACAGGAAAUAAACCCCACUGCACCAGAAGACCUCUGAAAAACUCCAGCUCUUCUGGCUGAGGCUCCCUGGCUACAGCAGCACUUGAGCUUUCCACUGCGUCCAACCAGCCAUAACAGUGCCAAGAGUGCCUCCUCUUCUCUCCCUGCCCCAGGCUGAGCUUACAGCAAGGUGUAGCUGCAAGGGGCCUGGCUAAGCAAGGUGGGGAGAUGCCCUGCCUGCAGUUACCACUUUUCAAAUCACACUGCUGCACUGGAAGGGAAGGUGGGCACCUGUCCUUCAGCCUUUCAAAUCAGCUCAGCUAACCCUUACUGAGAGAAGCUGUGGGACAGAAGUGCUCUCAUCCCAGUUUUAAUGCUGGCUUUGGGGUUUUUUAAUUCAUUCAAGCUGCAGAGAGCUCCAGAGGAUGCUGUGCUUGGCCUCUGAAACCAUUUCCCUCCUUCUACAAGUUCAAAAAUAGCUGUCACAAACCCAGGACUUCCCUUCCUGCCUGCUCUGCUUCCGAGGAGGCUCAGCCCUGCAGCAGACCAGCAACAAGAGGGGGGCAAAAGGCUGCUUCUCAAAGAGAGACUUCUGCUUCUGAAUCAGCUCUUUGUUCUCUCUGGACCAAGGCUUUUCCUUUGGUAAGGAAACCCUUAGCAAGGUGGGAUUUUCUUCUAGGCUGAUCUGCAGUGGGAUCAUCUCUGCUAGCUCUACAAGUGACUUGAGGGCUCAUCUGCUUGUGUGGAAGGAACUGCAGCCAUAGAACACUGAGCAGCUGUUAAGAAGCUGGCACACGGGGCAGCUUUGGCCAGGGGUUCCUCUGCCAAGGCAAGAAGAUGUCCUGCUCUUAACAGAGGGGAGAUGGGUGCUGGUUGUUCUCCCAGCAAUUAAAGCUCUGUACUAAUUCCCAGUGUAACUUAUUUUGGGUAAGUUAGGGCCUGUGCUAAGGCUGGGCUGAGGGCAAGCAGACUCCAGAAUAAAGUGUGACCCACGUUCAAAGAAA